GAAAAACAGAGGUGCUGCUACCUGUGGCCAAUCGUCGCACUGCAUUGCACGUUGUCAAAUAAUUUUGUAGGUUAGAAAUCACUUCGGCUGCCAUUUCAACAAUUUUAGGCCGCGUGUGACUUCGCGAAAACCUAAUUCACCAUGCCGAAGAGAGGGCGUGUGGGAGCCGCUGGUAAUAAAUUCAAAGUGUCCUAUGGUCUCCCCGUAGGCGCUGUCAUCAACUGUGCUGACAACACAGGAGGUAAGAACUUGUAUGUCAUCGCCGUCAAGGGAUACCAUGGUCGAUUGAACCGAUUGCCUGUUGGCUCUGUCGGAGACAUGAUCAUCGCCACAGUGAAGAAGGGAAAGCCUGAGCUGCGUAAAAAGAUCAUGCCCGCAGUUAUCAUCAGGCAAAGGAAACCUUUCAGAAGGAAGGAUGGUGUUUUCAUCUACUUUGAAGACAAUGCUGGAGUUAUCGUAAACAACAAAGGAGAAAUGAAAGGUAGUGCUAUUACAGGCCCAGUUGCAAAGGAAUGCGCAGAUUUAUGGCCCAGGAUAGCCAGUAAUGCCAGCAGCAUUGCAUAAAUUUCCAGCAAAUAAUUGGACGUAAUCCAAUUUUUCCUUUUUAACUUCAUAACUUCAUGUUUUCAUUAAUUGUGUUUUGUUACGUGACAAAUAUAUUUUUCACCUCUCUC